AUGGGUAAACGACAAGGAUUGAGAAAAGUAGUGUUUUUUGAAAGAGAGGUGAUCCGUUCGGAGAACAGUCAUCAUGAUGAUAAUGAUACAACCUCUUCCUCCUCCAGUAUUAUAAAUCAUGGUCGAGUCUUGGGAUGGAAAGAAAGAAAAUGGUAUGAACAACAUCAUACCAUAAAUGGUGGAGAUGAUACUGCAAUUUCGGAAAGCACUUUCAACUCCGAUUUGAGUGUAUUUCAAUUCAAUGUAUUGCAUGAUGAUUUAAAUUCGCAAAUCCAUGAACGAAUUUUUACAAAAAUAAGAUUUGAUUACAUUCUUCAUACACUUCUUCCAAAGGUCAAUGCAGAUGUCAUUUGCUUGAAUGAAGUAGGAAAUUAUUUUUUGAAAAGACUCUUAGAUGAAUGUUCACAUAUGUGGAUGAAAGAAUUGAAUUAUAAUUUUAUUUCUCAUAUUGACAGAGAGAGAUUUGAUUUAAUGUAUUCUCAUCCAUCAACUAGCAAGAAAUCGAAACAUGUUGAUGAAGCUACACAAAUGACUGUUGAAAAAGGAGGAUUUGUGUGUCUGGUAAUUUCAAAAAUUCCAUUCGUUCAAUCGCAUAAUUAUUAUUAUCAAAAUGAUUUAGUGUAUUCCAGAAGGCCAGCGACUAUGGUGACACUUGCCAAUCAUGUCAUUAUCAUGAACGUCCAUUUGAAAGCAUAUAAGGAGUGUCAUCCAAUUAGAAAGAAACAAUUGAAGUGCAUCUAUGCCUUAUUUCGAGUGCCAAGAGUCGCUUUCAAAUCGCACGAGAAUAGUGAAUCAGAAGCUUCACAAGCGAUAUUGAACAAUGAAAAUAGAUUUACCUAUCACUAUUCUAUUGAGGAUUUGCCCACCACUUCAAAGCAACAUGCUGAAAAGAAGGAAUUUUUAGAACAUUUCCCAAAUGUGAAAUCUGUCAUUCUAUGUGGAGACUUUAAUUUUAAUCAUGGCUUUGAAGAAAAUAACAUUUCAGAUUACGGAAUUGAGGAUGUUUACGCCAAGUUACAUUAUGAUCUACUCGACAAGGAGGAAUCCUAUACGUUCGACUACCUUAAGAAUCCAAUUGUUAAUUUAUAUUCUGAAACUUCACGAGGACGUUGCAGGUAUGACCGAAUUUUGUUAUUCAACAGACCAAGCUCGAAAAUAAGCGGAAUGCUUCACGCCUAUCAUUGUGAAAUUUUAGAAAAUAAGGCAUUUAAGGAUAAUAUUUUUGCGAGCGAUCACUAUGCUCUCUUAACUAAAUUUACCGUUUCCAAUGAUUCGAAUACUAUUCAUCCAAGUUGCUCCACUGUAAUCAGUAGCAAUAACAGCAAUCAAGUUGAUGAUAAAUGA